UACUUUGUUUAAACGCUGUAACAAAAUUUUCGUGUACUAUGUAAUGUAUGACAUAUUACCAUUAAAAUUAUAAAAAUGUUUUCCAGCUCCUAUUUUUAUAAUGCAGAAAAAGUUACAGACAAAAUCAUUCUUGCAUAGUGGGACUUAUUUGAGGAAGUCGAGGUGCUAAAGUUCGCUCGCGAUUCGUUAUUCUCAUGUUAUUCGUUGUUUUACUUGUUUGUAGUAUAACUCUGGAAAUACGAUUUGCCGGUAGCAUGGAUGGAUUACGUGUUCGAAUUGUAGCAGACGACUGACGGUUAAGCAGAAAUGUAUCGCAAGGCAGUUUUAUUAAUGUUGGUAACCCACUUGUUGUAUGCAGUAUCAGAUGACAAAGUUGACAAAUUACAUUCUCUAAAACUACCUCCAUGCCAAGCAUGCCGAGGUCUUGUUGCAUCAUUCAAGAAGGGACUGGAGCGCACCGCUCGGGGUAAAUUUGAAGGUGGUGAUGCAGCGUGGGAAGAGGAGAAAUUGGGCAGUUAUGCCAGCAGUGAACUGCGUCUUGUGGAGAUACAGGAGGAGCUUUGCUCUGAUGUUGAACGUGGCAAGAACCAGUGUCAUCUGCUUGCUGAAGAUGCAGAGCAGUUAAUUGAAGAAUGGUGGUCUAGCGGACAAAAACAGGAUUUAUACAGCUGGCUGUGUAUUGAGAAAAUGGAGUUCUGCUGUCCAGAAAAUCAUUUUGGAAGUGACUGUACACCAUGUCCUGGUUAUCCAGAUAAUAUUUGUGGUAAAAAUGGAAAGUGUAAGGGUGCAGGCACACGUAAAGGUAAUGGUAAAUGUUUGUGUGAUUCUGGUUAUUCUGGUGAUAACUGUGAUCGAUGUAAUGAAACUAGCUAUGAAGCAUACCGUGAUGACACCAAACUACUUUGCUCUCCUUGCCAUAUGUCGUGUGUUAAUGGCUGUUCCGGAGCAGGUCCUAAAGGAUGUUCUUCAUGUAGAGAAGGGUGGCUGAAGGAUGAAAAAAUGGGCUGCAUUGAUGUAGAUGAGUGUUUGUCCUUAGACAGAGCAUGCCGUAAAAACCAGUUUUGUGUCAACAAUGAGGGGUCCUUUUCCUGUUUAGAAUGUGACAGAGCGUGUGAUGGGUGCUAUGGUGAUGGCCCUGAUCUGUGUAUUAAAUGUGCCAAAGGUUACAAAAAGGAAGACAACAUCUGUGUAGAUGAAAUGGAGGCACGGCAAAACUUCCACGCUAAACUGACUCGCUACCUGACAUACUUCGGUCUGUGUGUUGCAACCUGCAUUGUACUUCAGAAGAAUACUUUGGUUGCUGGAGCUAUAGGCUUGUCUGUAGCAUUAUAUAUUUCAGUGUCAGAGUACACCCUACGUUCAGCUCCAGCAUCUAGUCCAAUACUCAACAAAGUGUGAUGAUAAGACUGGUAUAUCAGUCAGUGGAGGUUCCGUUGGUGGCUUUAUUGUUCAGUUUUAUCAACACUUUUGGGUGAAUAUUUCUAAUAGUCACAUUCUUGGUGAUAUACUUUUCAUCUUCCUGGACAUGACAAAGUGGAAAAUACUAUGUAUAUCUUCCCAGGGCACAUAAGGGCAUUCACACAAUGAUUCAGUCAUGUUUAAGUUAUUUCAUUAUAGUUCCUUCAGCACAAGUAUUCAAUGGCUUUGUGUGUGUGUGUGUGUGUGUGUGUGUGUGUGUGUGUGUGUGUGAUGGGUUCCCAAUGCAAGUUUGUGUGUUUUGCACAGGUAUAUUUUUUUAAAUAGUUAGACAUGUAAGAAAUUUUUGUGCAAAUAUUAAUGUUAUAUAUGUUGUUUGUUAGUUUCAGUUUAUUUUCUUAAUUUAUUAUGUUUACGGACCACUGGCAAAGACACUUGUAUUUUAAUAAUUAUAUUAUGUGACCAUUAAAAUGAGUGCUGUAAUAAACUCUUUUCUGUGAUAGUUGCAAUGUAACCUUCUAUUUAAAACUGGAAAAAAUGUUAAAUAUUUUAACAUUAACUAAAGUACCUAUGUUUCUUUUUCUGUAUAUUGCAGUUAUACUGUUAAAGUUGUUGGAAGAUUUUUAUGUUGAUUCUUAAGUAAUAUGAAUUUGCAUGGAAGAAUGGUCCCAUGGAUUGCACACUUGUCUACAUCUGCCUUUGUACUUUACAAGCUGAUUUUCUAUGGCAGAACAGAAAGAAAGUGGUAAAUAUGUCUUACUGCAACUGAAAUAUCAGUGUAAUCCAGAUUCAAAACAUUCAUAACUAAUUUAGUUGCUAUUACUUCAGUCCUCGCUGUGAAACUGUUGUGGCAGUAUGUGGCUCUUAAUGAGUAUUGUGUUGUGUGUUUCAUUGUUGAGAAGUGAUUUCUUUUUGUCUUUUUGCUGUAAAUGUAAAAAGAGAGUAUUACUCACUGGCACAAAAUAGUAAGUGUAAAACUUCAGAAAUUCUCACGGGAGAAUUUGCUGUUUACUUUCAGAAUAGUUUUUUUUACAACAUUUAUUAAAUUUCUAAUACAAACUAUUACUUUCUCAAUUACAAAUCUCUACAGCUUUUUUGAACCUAUAGCUGAUGUGACUGCUUUCACUUAAUCUAUUUGUAACACUGCUGUUUGUGAUUGCUGUAAUCUGUGUAUGGCAAACGAUACUUCAUAAACAAUAGUAUAAUGAAUGCAUGAC